AUGGCCGCGGGGGGCAGCGGCGGCGGCGGCCGGGGAGUGAACCCUCGACGCUCGGGUCGGUCCCGUUUCCCUCGGUGCGGCGGCCGGCGGGACCAUAAGGGCUUAGCUCAUAUAUUUAACCCCCCUCCGAAAAGGUUUGAAAGUAUUCUUGAGGGGCUGUUUGGACCUGCAUUUUUAAAAGAUCUCAGUUUACUUAAAGACUGUGAACCUGAAAGCAUUUCUGAUUGGACUUUUGAUGAAAAUUGUCUAUUCUGUUGCUUGAGAAGAGAUAAAGUAAAGGGACAUUUAGUCGGUCUGGAUGAACCAGCUUCGGAAGCUGGGCGGGAAGCUCUGCUUAAACAAGAGCAAGCAAAAAUCAUACGAUUCGAGAAACAAGCAGAAGAGUUCCUCAAUGCAGUCUUUUAUAGAAAAGACAGUCCCUGGGUCUCCGACCCCAAUAUUCCCCUAGUGGCCCGUGAGAUCAUGCAGCGAAUGAUCCAACAAUUUGCUGCUGAAUAUACCUCAAAAAAUAGCUCUACUCAGGACCCCAGCCAGCCCAAUAGCACAAAGAACCAAAGCCUGCCGAAAGCAUCUCCAGUCACCACUUCUCCCACGGCUGCAACUACUCAGAACCCUGUGCUCAGCAAACUUCUCAUGGCUGACCAAGACUCACCUCUGGACCUUACUGUCAGAAAGUCUCAGUCAGAACCUAGUGAACAAGACGGUGUACUUGAUCUAUCCACUAAGAAAAGUCCAUGUGCUGGCAGCACUUCCCUGAGCUAUUCUCCAGGCUGCUCCAGUACUCCAGGGAACGGUGAGAACUCAACAGAGGCAAUAGCAGUAGAUUCUAACAAUCAGUCGAAGUCCCCUCUGGAGAAGUUUAUGGUCAAAUUGUGCACUCAUCAUCAGAAGCAGUUCAUUCGUGUUCUGAAUGAUCUGUACACCGAAUCUCAGCCAGACACCGAGGACCUGCAAUCUUCUGAUUCUGGAGCAAUGGAUGCAUCCAAUUGCAAUGCUGGCUGUGCCCAGCUAGGCAUCAGACAUAAGGAAAAUGAUGCUCUGUGUCUCGAGAUGAAGUCUCCUCAUUCUGUAGAUUUGAUAGACUCCUCAGGCUCUCACAGUCCUCCACCCUUGGCAGAAAAGGCCCCGAAGGAGCCUCCUCCUGAGACGAACUCUGUAGAUGGAAGAGAGAAUGCCUUGACUGAUGUACAGAAAGAUUCCUCUGAACUUCCAACCACUAAAUCUAAUUCUGAGAGUUCAACGGAUAGUUCCACUCUAGGACACCUUAGUACAUCUAAUUCUUCCCCGUUCAACCUCCAUCACACCUCUAAGAGUGUGGAGGGCCAAACCACUGGACAGGAGCAAGACACAAAUGUGAAAGCAUGUGAGGAUGGUAAAGACCAUAUGCAGAGUUCAGCUUUAGUAGAAAGUCUAGUUGCAGGAAAAUCGGCAACUGAAACUAGUGAGGAGAACACUUGUAUUGUUUCUCAAAGACAUUCAUUCAGAGCUUUAUCAGAGGAGACUUGGGACUCAGAGUUUACAGGGAAUUCAUCUAGAACUGCUGACAAAGAGAAUACUUUACAGUGUAGCUCCAGAAUGCCUUUGUGCCAGGAGUUAGAGGCAAGUGAACAAGAUUCAAGGCCAAAGCAAGAGAACCAUCUUCACUCACUAGGAAGAAAUAAGGUGGGUUACCAUUUGCAUCCCAGCGACAAGGGCCAGUAUGAUCAUUCCAAAGAUGGUUGGUUAGCCCCCAGCCCCAUGCCAGCUGUGCACAAAGCAUCCAAUGGACACUCUCGAACCAAGAUGUUGUCAGCCUCCAUCAAGACAGCUCGGAAGAGUAAAAGGGCAUCAGGGCUGAGGAUAAAUGAUUAUGAUAACCAGUGUGAUGUCGUUUAUAUCAGUCAGCCAAUAACAGAAUGCCACUUUGAGAAUCAGAGAUCAAUGUUGUCUUCUCGGAAAACAGCCAGAAAAAGUACUCGAGGAUACUAUUUCAAUGGUGAUUGUUGCGAGCUGCCGACUGUUCGCACACUGGCCAGAAACUUACACUCCCAAGAAAAACCAAGCUGCUCGACACUGGCAUCUGAGGCAGUGGUCACUCCCAAGCAGACCCUCAUCAGUUCACCCCCGAGACCUACAGCGGAUGUGCAGCCUCCCAGAGAGGACAACGCUGAAGAGCCUCGUGAAGAAAUAACCUCCCCCAAGGAAGGAGACAGUGACACUUCAUCUGAGAAGAAAUCUCAAGAGCCUGAGGUUUGCCCCACAGUGAACCAACCCAAUCCAACCAGCUCCCCGAGGUCAGAGGAAACAACAGCCUCCAGCCCGGCAUGCCCUCUCCCAGCUCACCUUCCGGAAGAGGACAUGCCCGAAGGCAGCUCCAUGGUCGCAGCUCCCACAGCAAGUGGGAUUGCUUCCCCUGAACGAGACCAACACCCAGCUGAACUGCCUGAUGCCAAGGGGACGAGUGAACCUGAGGACUGUCCCCUGGCUCCCUCUACUGAGAGCUCUUCUGAGGGAGACAGAGAAGAUGUUGGGACUAGGCCUAGUUCUUCUCCUGAAACAGUCAGAAGGGCAGAAAGUCCUCUGUGCUCAGAAAAUCAAAGUGCCCCCGUAAGCUUGGAGCCUCCCGCAAGCCUGGGAAAGGCUGAGGAUGAACAAAGCAUCAGUACUGAGGCUGAGACUGAAGAUGCCCAGGAGCUGGAUUCUGACCCGCUCUUGAAGGAAAGCAGCACUUUGACUAAGAAAAACCCCAGUGACAUUGAGGAAAGUAAAGCAGCAAGUAGUACAGAAAAAUUAGAGGAAGAAAGUGAUGACAGAAAACAUUCUUCAGAAAAAGAUAUGUGCGAACAAACCAUGGACACACCUGAAGAGAACUCGGACAAGAAGAAAAAGGGUAAAAAAUGCCCUGAGGCCUCAGAUAGGUGCCUAAGAAGUCAACUUUCAGAUUCUUCCUCUACCGAUAAGGACCUAAGAAAUCCAAGUUCAGAUUCUCCCUCUGCUUGCUCUGAAAUCAAAGUUUCUAAAAAUCCUGAUGCAAAAUGUUCUAAAAAAGAAGAGGACCCUGGUGAAACAACACCUGAGGACUUGUUGACCGAGGGUCUCCAUCCAAAAGCUCUGGAUGACACCGAAAACCCAGAUGUCCAUGAAAAUCCCUCUGAGAAGGAUGCUGAGCAGGAGGGCGAGGAAGGUGGGAUCAUCACUAGGCAGACUUUUAAAAACAUGCUGGCCAAAGAGGCCAAAAGAGAAGAAGAAGGAGAUCUUUUCCCCAACAGUGAUCCUGUUACCACAGUUGGCCAGCCCCUGCCUGGAGAGAGACUGGAAAUCUAUGUCCAGUCUAAGUUAGGUGAGAAAAGUGCCCAUGACCUCUUAGAAAGUGUUCCGUGUCCUUUCCCAGAGCAAUCAGAAGAAAAACCAGGACCUGUUCCUGCACUCGACCUGGAGGAGGUUAUAAAUGAGAUGGACGGUGCAAACGCCCAGCAUAAAGGUGAUGAUCAUGAGGAGCCACCCAUCGUCCUCGAGUUGUCAAGUAGCGAUGAUGAUGCUGGGCCCUCAAAAUGGGUACCACGGCUCACGAGACAGUCGUCUUCGAACUACAACCUAAGACAUGCUCACUCUCUGGACUCCUUGGAUACUACAAACGUGACUUCAGAAAAGGAAGCAGCACAAGAAAACUUAAUACCCAAGGACAACGAAGCUUCAGAGAGUGAAGAUCCCGUAGAUGAGGACGAUGGGGAAGAAGUGGUCAACGAGCAGCCAAAGUUUAUGGAGUGGUGUGCUGAGGAGGAAAACCAAGAGCUCAUUGCCAACUUCAAUGCCCAGUACAUGAAAGUUCAGAAAGGCUGGAUCCAGCUGGAGAAAGAAGGCCAGCCAGCACCAAGAGCGAGGAACAGGUCGGAUAAGCUCAAGGAGAUUUGGAAAAGCAAGAAAAGGUCACGGAAAUGUAAGGGUGUGUUGGAAGCUCAAAAGUUUUCUCCUGUUCAGAUGCUGUUUAUGACCAACUUUAAAUUGUCUAAUGUCUGCAAAUGGUUCUUAGAGACAACUGAAACCCGGUCUCUGGUCAUCGUGAAGAAGCUCAACACUCGUCUUCCGGGAGACACACCUCCCGUCAAGCACCCCCUUCAGAAGUUCUCCCCUUCCAGCCUGUACCCCAGUUCACUGCAGGCUGAACGCUUGAAAAAACAUUUGAAGAAAUUUCCUGGAGCUACUCCUGCGAAGAACAACUGGAAAAUGCAGAAGCUCUGGGCCAAGUUUCGAGAGAAUCCUGACCAAGUGGAGCCAGAGAAUGGCAGUGAUGUCAACCGAGGCCCCAGUUCUGAAGACAGAAAAGAGAUCAAGGAAGGUAGAAGUAGCCAUCCUUCUACAAGUUCACCGACUCCAGCCAGCACCCGGAUCCUUAGGAAGUACUCCAAUAUUCGGGGAAAGCUCAGAGCUCAGCAGCGUUUGAUCAAGAACGAGAAAAAGGAAAGCCCUUCUGGUCUGGCCGUGGAAGGGAAGCAGAGCUGUAAAAGUGUGUGCAUCCACCCUCUGAUGUCCCCCAGGCACGCCCUGCAAGUGGAUGCCUACGGGUUUCCCAUUAAACCCAAGGGUGCUGAUGGAACCAAGGGAAGGAAAGGGAAGCAGAUGUCUGAAAUCUUGCUGAAAGCAGAAGUUCAGAAUAAGCGCAAGAGGACCGAAGGUGGCAGCACUCAGGACAGGAAGGACAAGGUAGCGGUGAUGAAAGCCAGCAAAGAGAAGCAUAUCGAUGGAGCCACCAAGACCCUCGCUGCCAAGAAGCCAGCUGCAAGGGACAGAGUAGGCCAACUGCCCAAAAAGACAUCUUUGAAAGAAAAUAAAGUGAAGAUCCCCAAAAAGCCCUCCGGGAAGAGCUGCCCUCCCUUCAGAAAAGAAAAAGAGAACACAAACAAAAGACCUACCCAGUGCCCUGCCUCAGAGACAGCGACCAAACCUGCAAAGCCAAAGGGGGCAAGUGAAUCCGCUUCAAGGCCACCGAAAGCCACGAACAGAAAGCAGAGCAGUGGAAAGGCUGGGGCCAGGCCCGUGGUGAAAACCCCGGAGAACAGCGCAGCCCAGAGAAAGAGAAAGCUAAAGGCAAAGCUGGACUCUUCCCACAGCAAACGGCGGCGGCUGGAGGCAAAGUGA